AUGUCUGAAGCACAAACUCGGCCUGCGCGAGGCAGGAGCUCUGCCCGCGGCGGCAGGGCAGCAUACGGCUCCCGGGGCCCCAGAAAGACCAACGGCGACAGCGCGUCCUCCAACAUUGACACAUCGGCAGACCAGGGCGAACUGGGCGAGCUUAAGAAGCGCUACCAGUCACAGCUAUCCACACUGAAGGAGCUAUUCCCCGACUGGACCGACGCCGAUCUCGUCCUCGCAAUCGAAGAAUCUGACGGCGACCUGCAGACCACCAUCGAGAAGAUCAGUGAGGGCGCCGUCUCACAAUUCUCAGAAGUCCCAAAGAAAGCAAAGGACAGGUCCCGCUCCAAGGCCAAGGAGAACGUCCCCCUCGAUGGCGCGUCCAGCCUGCGUGGCCGGCCCGACGGAGCCCGUCGUGGAGUCGACAGCGGUCGCGGCGGCCGUGGCGGACGAGGCACUGAUCGUGGUCGCGGUGGAAUUCGUGGCGGUCGUGGAGGCGCCGCCGGUGGACCUCGUACGGCUGCUGGAUCAGUCCCGACUACCGAGUCCGCUGCAUGGGACACGCCCACAGUGCCCGAAGAGCCCAAGGAGACCAAACAGGACGACGAGACCGUACACGCGCCUGAAGCGACCCCCGAAGCCAUAAAGCCUGUCGUAGAGGCUACCAUGACAGCCGCGAAGAAGACUUGGGCGAGCAUGUUUGCUGCACCCAAGCCCGUCCCCGCAGUCCCCAAGGCAGCUCCGAAGCCCGCCGCCGCCGCUGCCCCCGAAGUACCCUCACAAGUACCCGACGAGACGCCCGCGCACCAAGUUGCCCAAGAGCCCGCCGUGCAAGCAGAGGAACUGCCUAUACCCCCUGUUGCAGAUGAGGCUGUCCAGACACCGCCCAUCACCGCCGAAGAUACGUCCAAAAUGACGCCGGACAAGAGUGUGGAUGGUGCCCCUGACGUCACCCUCACACCCUCCGGAGAUCAACUUACGCAAGAGAAUGUUGAGCACCUGCCUGAUACGUCCAUCCCACCCAAGACGGAGACAGCUUUCAGCACUGUCGCAAGCUCGAAGGAUGUUGGAAGUGCUGUCGCGACCCCCUUGAACGGUCCUACACAGGCACCCAUCGGUCGCCCCGCUAUUGGAGGAUUCCAAACGACCGCACUAAAGGCGACUUCUGGAACCCCGAACCGAAGCGCAAGCUACCAGAGGAGGUUGAUGGAGCAGCAGGAGCCCGUGGUCAUGCCCGGAGACCGCGCCGUGGACAGGGCAGCAGUCCAAUUCGGUAGCAUGGGAUUGGGCGACGGCUCGGAUCCAGAUGUCGACGAAGACAGGGAAGAGGCGGAGACGAGGACACAGCCGCCCCAGCACUCUCCCGUCGCGCAGCCCAGGGCUUCUCUACCUCCCGCUCCCCGCCAAGCAUCUCAAGAUGCUCCCCAACAGGAGGCCGCUCCUACACCAAAGCAGGCCCCUGGACUGCCUCCUGUGCCCCAACAUCAGCCCGGUCUGCAGCAGUCUCCGUCGAACCCGCUUGCAUCCCAGGCUAUGCAGAAUCAAGGAUCUCAGUCGAACCAGCCAUACAACCAGUUUGCUAGGUAUGGUCAAUCAGAGGCCUCCGCCCCACCGCAGAAGCCAUACGAUCCAUUCGGCCAGCAGAUCCCGCAGUCGAACCACUCGCAAUCGCAAAACUACGACUACCCCGGCCAACAAAGCCAGGCCCCGUCCCAGCCUGGUGCCUUCUCGUCUGCCCCAGACGGUUACCCCUCCAACUACCUCACUGCCGAACAACGCGCGCAAUACCAGAACUACUAUGGAAGCUACGGUCAGCCCAUCGCACAAAGCCAGCAGGAAGCCGGUUCUGCUCAGCAGCGCACUGGCAGUGCCUUUGGCUCUGGACCUACUGACUCUGCUUAUUCGCAGAGCCAAAUCCCACAGACCCAGAGCCGUUACGGCGAUGCUCAGAACAGCGGACACAACACUCCCAACCCCGCCGCCAUGGCUGGCCAACAAGGUCAUGCCGCUCAAGGCCAACAUGCGCACAACGCGCACAACGCAGGCUACCCAUACAGUCACCCGUACUAUGGCAGCCCCUACUACGCUAACUACGUGAACCAAUUCGGUGGUUACGGUCAGGGAGGAGCCGGCUAUGGUUCGUUUGGAAAGGGUGGCAUGUACAACCAGCCUCACUACGGCAUGUCUCCUCAGGCUUCAUUCGACCAGCACUCGUCGUCCCCCGCCAAUGCAGGCGGCUUCGGCGCUUCCUCUUUGCAUGAUCGCGGUAGCGGUAUGGGCGCAGGCUUCGGCGACUACGGUCGCUCAGCCUCUGGAGCUUCUCAGAACCCCAGCGCCACUGCCGGCGCUGCUGCGUUCGGUGCCAUUCCCGAUACCAUUACCCGACCAGGAAACUUCCACCAGAGUUCCUACGGACAGCAGGGUAGCCAAGGGUUCAACGAUGACGCUCUGAAGCCCUCCAACGACUACAAGAGCGGUGGACCCAGCCCAGCGGCUCUUGGUGCUCAGCCUGGUCGCCCCGGCUCUGCCAACCAGAGCACUCCCGGACAGAGCGGUCCCCAACACUCCCAGCAAGGCUACGGCAACUACCCGAGCCACCUCGGCAACAGCCAGUACGGCGGUCUCGGUGGUCUAGGUCACCAGAACUCCGGCAACCACCAGCAGCAGAGUGGCUACGGCAACUACGGCGGCUUUGGCGGAGGAUAUGGCGGCGGCAGCUACAACCGCGGAGGUUGGGGCGGAAACUACGGCCAGCACUAG